UGAACUCCAUCCACCUUAAAACUCCUGCAUUGCACUCUAGCUUCCACCAUGUCCAUGCCACCAGCAGCAAUGGCCAUGGCUCCCAGGCUGAGGCUGCUCAUCGUCCUAUCCGUCCUCUUCACCGCCGGCAUCGCCUCCGCCGCCCCCGGCCGCUUCCCGCCGGCCUACGGCUACGGGUACGGCGGCAUCCCGCCUGGCCUCUUCGGCCCCGGCGGCGGCGGCGGCUGGGGAGGUGGGUACGGGUACGGCGGCCCCGGCGGUGGGUACUCGCGUGGCGGGGUGGAGGUGCCCACGGUGGUGUGCUCCGACAAGGGCCCAUGCUACGGCAAGAAGGUCGCCUGCCCCAGCAAGUGCUUCUGGUCGUACAGCCGCUCCGGCAAUGGCUACGGCGCCGGCGGUGGCGGCGGCUCCUGCUCCAUCGACUGCAAGACCAAGUGCACCGCAACCUGCUGAUCGCCUGCAUAUCAUCUCAUCUGCAUCGCCAUUAUAUCAGUAGCUAUCUUCUGCUUAAGCGAUGCAACACGUAUAUAUACUGUAUGUUUCUAUUACUUGUUCGUGUACUGCAUGUGUUUUACUUGCGUGUACUUGUAUCACAUGAAUAAAAGGAGCGCGUGCAAUGCAGACUUGUUGUAGAUUGUCAUGAUAGGAGAAUAUUUGAUGUUUCUCUAAACUCUGCCUAGUUG